GUGGACUACUACAUCGGCGAGGACGUCUACUACCUCUACUACUACAUCUUCCGCAUCAUCUUCGUGCACAUUUGCCCCUGUUCGGCGCUGGUCCUUCUCAACGUCCUCCUCUUUCGGGCUCUCUCUCGAACUGCCGCCACCCGGGAGCGACUCUUUGCGGGGGCCCUAGCGGCGGCGGCGGCGGCGAGGGCGGGGGCCACUACCGGGGGCACUACCAGCAACACCCACGACGGCAAUGCCACCAGCUUCUACUCGGCCUUUGGCGUCACCAGCCACAGCAAAGCCUCGCCGCCGUACAGUAACUGCCUGAUGACGCCGAUGACGAUGAGAAACUCCGUCACCACCACAAACUCCACCGUGGUCACCGCCAAUGGACAGAGCAAAACGGGAGCCACCGUCUCCAUCAGCGCCUCCAAACGUGACGCCAACUCCACCACCAUCAUGCUCAUAGUGAUCGUCUCGAUGUUCCUCCUGCUCGAAAUUCCCCUCACCAUCACCACCAUCCUCCACGUCGUGCAGAACGUCACCUCGGUGAGCCUGGUGGACUACAACACGCUGAACACCAUCAUACUGAUCACCAACUUCUUCAUCAUUCUCUCCUACCCGAUCAACUUCGCCAUCUACUGCGGCAUGUCCCGUCAGUUUCGCACCACCUUCUCGGAGCUCUUUCUCCACGACGGCCGCAGCACCGGCGUCUGUCGGUG